AUUGUUCAGCCACAACACUCUCCCAAGUAACACGCUAAAUCAACGGCAGAGUCUUGGAAAUGUCGAGUUGCAGUUUCCUGGCACACCGGAUACCUGGACCCAAAGGAUACGUCCGGUCGGUCUUCUCUCACGCUCGAGGUCCAGCCGAGGUACAUUACUAUCCUCCUCGAAGCGGCAAGUUGCCUAAAGACGUCCUUAUCUUCGUGCCAGGUAAUCCAGGACUGGUCGACUACUACAUUCCCUUCCUCCUCAAAUUGCAAUCUCACAUAGCCCCACAUUUCGCCCUCCUAGCUCAUUCCCACAUCGGACACUCGCCGUCGCUUGUUCAUCCGUCCAUCCCGCUAAACCUGAAUGAACAAAUCGAAGCCAAGGUCGAGUUCGUCCGAUGCUUACAGGCAGAGCUGAAUGAAGCAAGGCGGGCAGAAGAGACCGAAGCCCGACCUGUGAGGCUUGGGUUCAUCGGCCACUCGGUCGGAUCAGAGAUUAUUGUGCAGACUAUGCGGCACCUGGAGCGAUCAAAUCGAGAUGUUAAGGAACUCUCCGGUUCCGCCGCCGUGUCCGAUACCAGCUUCGACAUCACUGCGAGCUUCCUCUUGUUCCCCACGGUCUCGCAUAUCGCCGAAACGCCUAAUGCUCGAACCCUUCGACCCAUCUUCAAUCCUCCCCUGAUUCAGCUCCUCCCCCUCCUCUGCAUCAUAAUUCAACCUCUCAUCUGGACGCUCCGGACCGUUCUCUCCAUCUUGCCUUCGACUAUGAGCUUUCCCGGGCUUGAAUCGAUCUACGUUCCCAACGCUACCACGUUAUCGUUCCUCUCUUCCCCGCAGACCGUGAAGAGCGUGCUUCAUCUAGCCAGAUCGGAGAUGAGUACGAUCAAGGCGCCCGACUUGGACUGGUACAGACAGCAGAGGAAACGGAUUUGGAGUUAUUGGGGAGAGCCGGACGGGUGGGUGGGAAUGCAGGGGGAUGUGGUGAAGAGGGUUUUACGGGGAGGAAAGGGAGAAGGGGAGCGGGUCGAAGGAGAACACGAGGAACACGCAGAACAGUUGGGACAAGUUAUCGAUUGCGUGGACAACAUUCCUCAUGCAUUCUGUCUCGCUCAUAGUGACGCGAUAGCGGACAAGGUAGCGGGCUGGAUCUCCAACGCCUUUGCGGACCGUUCGUAA